UUAUUCGACAGUUCCAAAGUUUUGGGUAAAGAUGGUAGGGGAGUAAUAACAUGUUAAAAAUUAAAAUUGAAGCCGAUUUUAACUUUUCUAACUUUUCACGGUUGCGAUCAAAAGUUCACUUUAAUAACCGUGACCAAUGAGUGAUCAAGUCUCCAUGACAGAAUCAAGAAAAACAUUUCCUCAGACCUCAUCCGUACGAACUGUCAUCUCCGGUAACAUUGGGAUGGUAGAUAAAACUGACAAAAAGCAUAUUAGUUCGAAGUUACAAAAGAUAAAAUCCAAACUUCCCAAUGUUGGCAAGCGUCUAAGAUCUUUGAUGAAAUGGAGAGAUUCCAAGAAGAUAAAGUCCAAGGAAGAGGCGACUGUUUUUACAAUGGCGGAAUCUUCUUGGAUUAUUCCGGAUAUCACAGGCGAAAUUUUGGAGCGCAUAUUACCCGAAUCUUCUGCGCAGGAGGAGGCGGCCAAUGAAAAUGGGGUUCAAUUCGAGACUACAGAUAAUCCUCUGGCGAAAUCAUGUGGUCUAGGGUUUCCUGAAUGUCAGUCGGUUUCAUUUUCCCUCGAUAUCGAAACUACUUUUCCAUCUACUUCAUCUUCCAACCCUCGUCUGGAGACAAGUGAGGCCAUCAUAGAAAAGAUCAUGUCAGAAGUGAAUACCAUACAAGUUUCAUCGUCAAACCCAUCUGCCUCUACGGAUUCAUCAAACCCUCUUAUGAAUGGUAUUCCAUGCGUGAACCUUGGAAAUAUCGUCAACGAUCCGGUCGAUUUGCUUCUUGCUAUUAAUUCCCAAAUAGGUCGUAGGUUACAGACAGGAAGAGACUGUGAUACUCAGAGUGCCACUUUAUAUCUCAUGAAUGAAUCUCGAACCGAUUCUUACGGCGGAAGUUCCACAUCUGGCAAUGUAUCGAAUACCACAGAGAGUGAAAAUAGCAGUAUUUCCGAAGUCACGGAGACAGUAGAUUCACAGAUGUCAGAGCAAGAUCCGAACAGGCAAUAUUAUGAAAUUAUACGUUUAAUCAUGAGAAAACAGUUUGAAUCCUUGGAUGAUGAUCCUUCUUUAUACUGAUACACAGCAACAUAAAAAAAUUGAAAACCGAAGAUCAAAAUAAUAAAAAAGUUUGCUUAA